GCUGCUGGUAAUAAAAUGAGUUGUAUUGGUGGUGAGGGGCAGAUGUUGAACUUCAGUUUCCGUUGAGACACUGUGACUCCACCACAACUGAAGCAACAGGUCACUGUCUGCACUGCUGUUUAGUUUUAUGAAAAACUAUUGAAGCUCAUUUCAGAUGACUCUCAGAAUGUUUGCUGCAGAUCUUCUUGUAUUCAGCUCUAUUCUAUCAGUUGCUUGCUGUGAGUCAGCCCUGGAAGUAUUGAUCCCCAAAUCCCUCAACAGCACCAGUGGCUCUUGCCUUCUGAUUCCUUGUCUAUUCAACAUUUCAAAGGAGAGAGAAAACAUUCUUGAAAGUUCACCAAAAGUAACAUGGAGACGAGGAUCUCUGUGGUCACUCUAUGACACAGAUCGUUUCACCAUCGAUCAACGUCAGAAGGAGCCUGUGAUGGAAGUGGUGGGUGACCUACGAGAGAAAAACUGCACUUCUGUCUUGAGGAACCUCACCAGCCUGCAUUCAGAUCGUUACUUCUUCAGGAUUCAAGCUGAGAACUUCCAAGUGACUGAAACAAAAGCUGUGCAAAUAAAUGUGUCAGAUUCCUUGGCUGAACCAGCUGUGACUGUGCCGGUGCUCAGGGAGGGUGAGGAGGUGAAUCUGACCUGCACUGUUCCAGCUCCCUGCCCCAGUCACCCUCCAAAUGUAAUCUGGGAUCCUGUAUCAGGUGGUGACGUAACACAGAAGACACAGAUGAACACUGAUGGGACUCAGAGUGUUUCUGCCAUCUUGAAUUUCAUCCCAUUGUUACACCAUCAUGAGCUGAAAGUAAACUGUGUUUCUAUUCAAAAUCUACACAGAGAGGACAGACCCUUGCUCAGCCACAAGAUGGUCAUCCUCAGUGUGGAGUAUCCUCCGAAGGAAACAUGGAUCUCUCUGACAGGCUUGGUCUGGCUUGGUGAUAAUGUGACCCUCACCUGUCAAAGUAAAGCCAACCCUCCUGCGGUCCACAGGUGGUUCAUGAAGAGAGCAGGUGUAGAAGAAGAACAGGGCAUCUCACGUGUGCUUUCCUUCACCGCUUCCCGUGAUAACACUGGGGAAUAUAUUUGUGAGGCAAAGAAUCUAUACGGUGCAAUGAACUCCACAAACUUACAGAUCACUGUCCUAGGCAUAUCCUUCACUGCUUUUCUCUCAAUUUUGGCAGCUUUAUCACUGCUUAUAUUUGCACUUCUUGCAAUGACUAUUGUUAUGAUUUACAGAAGGUGUAAAGAGGCAAUCAAGAGUGAAACAAACCAAGAUAAGAACAUUUAUGCCAACAUGUCUGCAAGUGCAGUGAAAAGCGAGCAGCUCCAAUCAAAGCCAAAUGAUGAGAAAACCUGUAACAUUAACCCUGUAUACGCACUCCAAUAUGAUCUCCCCGACGAAACCAUCUACUCAAACUGUUGAAGUGAAAAGUAGUGUGUUUAAAACAUCCAUUCAUUGAUCACCACUGAACAAUUAGUCUCUGGAUGUCAGUAGUGAUCAUUUGUAUCAGUAUUAGCAGCAUACACAUGUAUAAACUUCUCAAAAGACAUUUUCAUCUAUUAUGUUCAGAACCAUAUCCUUGCUAUUUACGUCAAAUAAUGAAAAUUCUCCAGUACCUCAACACCAAAUCUUCAGUGAACUACCUGUAUCUUCAUUUAUUUUUAUGUGAUAUAAUUCUCUUCAUGCUUUUACAA